AUUCAGUACCGCUCGAGCUAUUGCGACGUGAGGUCCGCGGAGCCAGUGCCCGGCUGCGCGCAGUGCGCGGGAAGGGAGAUUUGUUUUGCCAGCUGUGACCGUGUGCUGCCGACUGUCAGCGACAUUGCCUGGAUUCGAGCCGUUUCGUCGGUGAGGGCGAUGUGACUCCAUGGCGCUCCAUGGCCGCACAGUGGACCCGUCCUCGGCGCCGCCGGCCGUCCACAGGCGCGCUCAGUCGGCGUCGCCGCCGACACCGGCCGUCUCCCUCGACCGGCCGCGGCCCGGCGCCGAGCGAGCUGCCAACCUCUACUCUCUGGCGCCGUGCGUCGUCCAACGACGCGACCACGAGGCGACUCCAGCGCGCGGCCGACCGGGAGCGUCCCAGCGCAGCCAGCAUGGACAGAGGGGUGUGUCAGGCAGGGCGGACAGCGCGGAAAAGGCGUCGGCCGCCAAGGCCCGUCUGCGAGAGCCCGGCGCGGAGAAAAGGCCGGUUCGCGAGCAGCCCGGGCCGUUGAAGAAGCCCAGCCGCGCGGAGUCCAGUGCGGGUGGUGAUUCUGGCUCGGAGCCGACCGAGGACUCGAUCGUGUGUGUCGUGUGCGGCCGCUGUCGGUGUGAGGCGUGUCGUACGCCUCGUCCGCUGCCGCAGCGGCUCCUCUGCGGACGCACCUGUCUCCUCUCUGCCGACACGUGCGUCGACUUCGCCUCGUGCAUGUGCUGUGUGAAGGCGGCCGCGUACCACUGCGCGGCGUCCGACAGUGGCUCGGCGGCCGCCGACCGGCCGUGCUCGUGCACGCCGAGCGGCGCCGGCUGCUGUCUGCGCUGGACCACGCUGCUGCUGCUGACCGCGCUGGUGCCAUGUCUGGCCUGUUAUUGGCCGCUGCGAGCCGCCGCCCGGCUGGCGCAGGCCUGCUAUGGCCGCGGUGACGGCUGCACGUGUCCACGGCCGCCGGAGCCCGGUCCGCCGGCCGGCCCGGUGCCGCGCCGCGCCGACCGACCUGCCGUGGCCGACCCGCCGCGGCUCUGCGCGCGACGCGACAGUGGUUAGGAGGGUGACAGGGCACCGGUCUGAACAGUGCUACUGCGCGACAGCCGAGCGCGCCGGCCGGCCCGGCCGAGUUGUUAUUUAUUUUGUAAGAUCUGGAAGUCGUUUUCAGAUAAUUUAUUGCCAAGGAGGCGCGUUGCGCACGCGUGCGUCGCUGCUAGUCACAUUGGCGCCUGCAUGGCACGGGUAGCGCGCGCCGCGCGGUCCGGGCUGCCCGGCGAGGCGGGAGGGCCGCGACAGGUCAGAAGAACCACGGUCGCCAGAGCCGGCCGAGGCGGGCCGAGCGGCGGCGCCGUGGCGCAUUUAUUUGCACGGGCUUGCAUGAGAGGAGUCAUGUCGUUUAUUUUUAUCAGCGUCUUGAUUAUCCACGAUUCCAACUGGUCGUGCCUGCGGGCGGGAGGCUGGCCGCGGCGCCCCUCCCUGACCCCGUCACCCGGCACCUGCCUCCGCAGUGACCCCCGUGACCCCGGAGGCCGACUUCCGGCCGCUGCGGUUGGCGGAAGGGGGGCGGGCGGUGGGGAGGGGGAGGGCUGCGGUCGGACGGCCAGUGGCGCGCUGCGACGGGCAGUGGCGCCGCCUCGAGCUGCUAUCUAGUCGUUGUGUUUCUGUUGAGCCGGUGAAUUAUGCUGUUACACAGAGCUGUUCGUUGUCAAAUGAACCAGAAUUCUAUAUAGAAGUGACAUGUGAUCAAUACAGGACGAUAUUGAC